AUGCCAACUCCACACAGAAAACCCCUCGAGCCCGGGAAUCAAACCCAGGACCUCCUCGCUGGCUGCUCGUGGUCGGUGAUCUUCGUGGACCUGGACGCCCACAACAGGAACCGACAAACGCUUUGCUCCCUGCUGCCCCGAGAGUCUCGCUCCCACAACACGGACGCCGCCUUGCUGCCGACCAUCAGCUACCCCGCCUUCGCCGUGGACGACGACGCCCUCUGCAGUCAGACGCUGGACAAGAUCGUCCGCAAGCUGCGGGGCAAGUACGGCUUCAAGCGCUUCAUCCGCGACGGGUACCGCACCACCAACGAAGACAAGGAGCGCCGCUACUACAAACCCGCAGAAAUGAAGCUUUUUGACGGCAUCGAGUGCGAGUUCCCCAUAUUUUUCAUCUUCAUGAUGAUUGACGGUGUGUUCAGAGGUAAUCGGGCUCAGGUGAAAGAGUACCAGGACCUCCUUGAACCCGUCAUCUUUCAGUCCUACGAAGGCCACGCCGUGGUUCCCAAGUAUUACUACGUUCCCGCCGACUUUGUGGAGGCGGAACAAAACCAGCACGGCAGCCAGAAGCGUUUCCCCAGCAACUCGGGACGCGACGGCAAGCUCUUCCUGUGGGGCCAAGCCCUCUUCAACAUCGCCAAACUGCUAGUGGACGAGCUGAUCAGCCCCAAAGACAUCGACCCCAUCCAUCGCUACGUGCCCGGCCAGGACCAACGCAACGUCAGCAUGAGAUACUCCAACCAGGGUCCCAUCGAGAACGACGUGGUGGUUCACGUGGCGCUGGUAGCUGAGAGCCAGAGACUGCAGGUGUUUCUGAAUACUUACGGUAUUCAGACUCAGACGCCGCAGCAGGUGGAGCCCAUUCAGAUCUGGCCUCAGAAGGAACUGGUGAAGGCGUACCGCUUCCUGGCCGUCAAUAAGAAGCUGGGCCUGAGUGGGCGUCCGGAUCGACCCGUGGGCUGCAUCGGCACCUCCAAGAUUUAUCGCAUCCUCGGCAAGACGGUGGUGUGCUACCCGAUCGUCUUUGAUCUGAGCGACUUCUACCUGUCCCAGGAUGUGAUGCUGCUGAUUGACGACAUCAAGGUAGGUCGAAGGCCGCCGAGUUGUAUGGGUCAACUUCAAGUCCUCAGCCGUAUCGUGUCCAGCCGUAAUUGGACGGUGCGGCACAGAGUCCAGGCGGCGCCGAUAAAGGAGGCGGGCGACGCGGACUUCCUUUGUCCGUCGUGUCAGGACGAGUCCUGCGGGCGGGUCGCCUCAAAGGCCGCGCAAUUUGCGCCGCAAAUGCCUUUUAUAUCCCCCAAUCACGGCCCGGCAGACGAUGGACUGGAUUUAAAGUCUGCGAGCAAGGACAGACAUCACAGCACCGAGCACAUCCCGAUACGCGCCCGUGACGGCAUCCCACGACUCUGGUACAAGUCCACAACAAACGCAACCGCCUCCGUCCACGUAAACAUGUUCCGAUACGACGACGGGAUCUCAUGCGCCUCGCGGUGUGACAUUCCCGUGACGCCUCAUUACCUCGUGAGGCUCAUCCUUGAUUGGAGCCGUCUUGGAGCCAAUGCAAUAAUUGCCACCUCCUAA